CAACCAUGACGUAUUUAAAGGCAAUAGUAUAAAUAGAGCGGUGAAACCGGUUAUCAAUGAAUAAUAACGAUAGUGAUAUUUUUACUUUAAAAAGAAAUUAAAUGGAAAAUAGGCGGAUCAGGAAGUAAAACAUGGCUGUGCCUGGGAAAACGUCGGGACAGAGGCUUUCAUCAACAGUAUUUCUAGCAUCAGAUGAAGACGUUCAACUUUUCUGUGAACCAUGUGACAGAGAUGGGCCAAGGCUUCCUGCUUAUGGCUACUGCACAGACUGCACAGAGCAUCUCUGCGAGUCCUGCUUCCACCACCAUAGAGCCACGCUGUCCAGACACCAUAUCCUCCUCGAUAAAGACAGCAUGCCACAGACUCAGCAGCUUUCGACCGCAUCUGUCAAUGCCAGUCAGUCUGAUGACUUUACAGAACAUUGUGCAAAGCAUAAGAAAGAACUUAUCAAAUUUUAUUGUCAUGACCAUAAAACUCUUCUAUGCAGUGUAUGUGUGACUCUAGAACACACGGUUACUUCUUGCAGAAUUGAUUACAUUCCUGACAUAUCUGGAGAGACAGUAAACAGCCCAGAAUACCAUGACACUCUUAAAGAUAUCGACACAGUGACUGAGAAAUGGCAAAACAAAACUGAAGAAACUAAGAAAAUGAUUUUUAUGUCUGACAAUUCUACAAAAGAAGUUUUGAUUGAUAUUAAGAAGUUUAGAAAAGAAAUAGAUAAAAAGAUGGACACGCUCGAACGGCAAGCUGAGGACGCUGUCAGUGAUAUCCAGAAAAACAACGCCAAAAGACUAGAGACAGUGGAAGAAACGUAUGCUGAGGUGUCUAAAUCUCUGAAGGCAUCGGCUGAAGCCAUUAAAACAAUAAAUACAUCAAAACAAGCAGAACGACUUUUCAUAGAACUAAAACAUGCUGGAAAAGUAGUUCAAGAACAGACGGACAAACUAUCUCAGUUGUCCACAUCCGCAUAUAUAGGAGUAUAUCAUUUUGAACCGAACAAAGCUAUUUCCAGUUUUCUUGAAACUGAGGUGUCGCUCGCUACCUUACUGUUCAACACAACGCCUUGCUCUAGUUCACAAUCUAUUACCUUAAAAUGUACGCAAAAGUCACAUAUUACUGGUGCAUUGUCCCCAAAGUUGAAACAAACUUUACAUCAGGAUGAGGAGUCCGUGAAAUCCGAACAAAUGUCUCAACAAGAAAAAACAACACCAAAGCCAACAAAACCAGCAAUGUUGGAAGACAGUGCCGUAAAAUCUGGACAAUAUUUGUAUCCGGUUGAAAUUCCUGUGAAAACGUCAAAAGACAAAGUCCGAUGCUGGAUUACGGGAAUGGCCCUGUUCCCUCCUAGUCGUCUUAUAGUCACUGAUCAUCUUAACCUUUCUGCAAAAAUGGUUGAUACACAAACACAAUAUGUCAUGGACCAAAUAGAACUAACAAGUGAACCCUGGGAUGUCGCUUUGGUUACCAAUAAUGUAUUUGCUAUAACACUGCCUGUUGAACAAAGAAUCCAGUUUAUAUCAGCGUUGUCAAGUUCUGUCGCAAAACUGCACACUUGGAAGGUUGAUGGGAAAUGUAAGGGCAUCAGCUGUUACCAAAAUAAAAUAGUCGUUUCAUUUGAGGAUCCUGGGAAGCUUCAAAUACUUGAUAUGAGCGGCAAAUUACAAACAACAACAUCGACUGUAAAGGUACCAAAUUAUGUCAGAACUAACGGUAGUUCUAUUUAUGUAUCUGACAGAGACAAUAAAGCAGUUGUAAGGUUUAACUGGCAGGGUCAUAUAAUUGGUCAAUAUAAUGACAUAGAUUUUCCAGCAGGACUUGUUCUGAAUGAGGAUGGAUCUCUCUAUGUAUGUGAUCAUGCUGUUAAAAAUGCUAUACACAAAUUAUCAGGUGAUUGUAUAGUAGGUAAGAUUGUGCUGAUGGAUCUGAAUCGUCCUUUCGCUCUCUGCUGGUGCAACAAAGAGAGUAAAUUGUACGUCAGUAGUUUUACCAGAGAAGCAAAGUAUGACAAUUACAUCAAUAUUUAUAAAAUGUAGUAAGUUUGGUUUUUAUCCAUCAGAAAGACAAAUGGCGUUUUAGUUGAAUUUAAGGAGUAAGUUUUUAAUGAAAUGUAUGAUAACCGCGAGUACAAGCUUUGUUUAUAUUGUUCAAAUAUUCGCGAAGUAGAGUUAACAUUCAUUUUACGUCAGUUUAUAGCUGUUUGAAGGUCCAGCUAAGAUAACAAACAUGCUUACAGUUUCAUCACAUUUGGAGGGAAAUCAUCGUUAUUAAACAAGAACACUACGCAUCAAUUCUGCUAGAAAAAAGGCUUACGGAAGGUCGGUGGUUCUACCCAGGUGCCCGACCGUGAUGAAAUAAUGUACUGAGGGGCACACUACCAUGAAAAGCUGGAAAAUCGCCAUAUGACUAACUGUGCCAGUAUGAUAAUAAAAAACACUGUAUCAGAGUUAGACUAUAUUUAAUGUAAUGAUGCAUCAGUAACAAAAGUUGGUCUGAAGUCUGUGCUCGUAUGAUUUAUAGAGCAUCCUCCAGAUCUCGAACUUCGGGCCUAUAUUUUCCCGUUUUAUGGAUGUCUUGUUUAAACAUAACCGAAAUUAGAUUAUGUUUUCUUUCCAAACAUAAGUAUAAAUCGAAUGUAACAUUCGAGAACUGGUGUUGAAAAAAAUUCAAGAAAAUUUCAAAAUAUUAUAAUGGACUCUACUAAAAUACUCCUUAUAGUUUAUUCACUGUUCUUUCAUAAUGUUUGAACCUAGUUCUAGUUUUCCGUUUUGAUCUUUUUAUCAAUAUUCAAAUUUAAAUAGGCUGGUUCACCAGUUACAAUUACAAUCAAAUUAAACGCAUAAUCGUUCAA